AUGGACGGUUUCAUCCUGACAGCAGAGAUAGAUCUCUUCAUUUCCCUUUCUUCUUCCAACCCUACAUACACACCGGAUUAUUCUGUUAGCCAGUGGACGCCCGCCAACAUGAAGUGGUCAGCGUUUUUCCCUCUGUCGGUCUCUGUACUGGCCGUUCUUCCUUCCACUGGCGCGUGGGAGUUCACCUGGAAAGACGCCAGCAACACAACACACGUGGAAUCUGGCGACGGGCCCUCUGAGUGCAUCACAGUCAAUCAUGAAAAGGGAAUGGUAUUCGCCAUCGAUGGGCAGGGUGAAAAGAAUAUCAAUAUGUUAUUGUACGGCACCGACGACUGUUCGGACAAGCCUUUGGGACAAGCGACCGAGCGUUUUUCAAAACCGUCGUCGGUAGACAUCCAUGGCUUCCAAGUUAAGGCAAUCUCGACCGGGUCAAAUUCGACCACGACUGCUGGGAAUACCACCGUGACAUCGACAACACGAGCUCAAUCGUCCUCCACCGCCAGCAGCGAAUCCAGCAGUGUGCCAACGGCGUCGGCGACGACCACGUCGGAUACAGCUGCCACCACCACAAGCGCGAGUGAAACAAGCACGUCCACGCCGAAUGCAUCAUGGCAACUGUCCGUUACCGGUGCCGACAUGGCGAAGACCGUGAUUGGGAGGAAGAUGCCUGGUUAA